CAUCAAGUCGAUCAUACCUGUGUGGAAUAUGGACAAUGCACGCUAUCUCUGUUUUGUCCCUCCCUUUUCCUCGGAAGAAAGUGAGGAGAAACUUUGGAGGGAGCCCAAAGGCACGCCAUACGAUACGAAAGUAUGAACGUCUUUAUUUUCUUCUCAAUUUUGUCACUCUUCACGGACGGUGUGUUUGGUGAUGAAGUGAAGUCAGUAUCAGUGAUGGAGGGAGAUUCUGUUACUCUACACACUAACCUCACUGAAAUUCACAGCGAUGAUCUGAUACAGUGGACAUUUGGAAGGACUCCCAUUGCUUCAAUCAAUACAGAGGCCAAUUCGAUUCAUAUUGAGUCAAAUCGUCUGCAGAUAAACAAUCAGACUGGAGAUCUCACUAUCAGAAACACCAGAACUGAAGAUUCUGGAGUGUAUGAAGUAGAUAUCACCGGCACGAGGACUACAUUCAAAAAGCUAUUCAAUGUUAGCUGUGUGAGUGAUGAAGUAAAGUCAGUGUCAGUGAUGAAUAGAGAUUCAGUCAUUCUACACACCGGUUUUACUAAAAUAAAGCCAGAUGAUCUCAUAGAGUGUAGGUUUGGACCUCAACGUUCCCUAAUAGCUUCAUUUAAUAAAUCUUUACAUACGUAUAAUGCUAUUAGGGGAAUCGAAGACAGACUUCAUUUGAAUCAUUGUAAUGGAGAUCUGACCCUUAGAAACAUCCGAAAUGACACAUGUGGACUUUAUGAAGUACAGAUUAAAGGUGGCAAGAGCUACACUAUAAAAAAGAGUUUCAAUGUGACUAUCAGUGGUGGACUGAAAAUGAUUUCUGUGAAGGAGAGGCGCUCUGUCACUCUAUGGUCUGGUGUUAAAGAAAUAGACAGAGAUGGUGUGCUCUUGUGGUGGUUUGAACACGGAGAUUUACCCAUAGCUAAAAUCGAUCGAAAAGCUGAAAUCUUUCACACAUAUGAUGGUGAUGAUGGGAGAUUCAAAAACAGACUGGAGUUUGAUUAUCAGUCUGGAAAUCUCACCAUUAAGAACAUCAGAACUGAACAUUCCGGACUUUAUCAUGUUGAUAUCAGCAGCAGCACGCACACUUUAUUCACUAGAUUCAGUGUUACUGUCAGUGAGCGUGAUUUGUCUGCAGUCGCUGCAGUCGGAAUUAGUUUUCCUCUUCUCUUCCUGUUUAUUGCUGCUGUUGCUGGUUUGUGUUACUACCGACGGAGAUUCUUUAAAUUACAAAGACGUCGGGGUAUUACAUUACCAUAGGAGAUGAAAAGCAUCCUGACUCAACUGUAAGAAUAUCAAAAACAUCUAUACCAACUUCUCAGGAACAUCUAAAAUCUUUCUUGGAACACACCAGACAAGUGCCGGUCAGGUCCAAUUUCUAAGCUUCCUAAUAUUGUUAAAGAGUGCCCAACAACAGGUUUUAAAUGCAUGCAAGCUUAAAAAACACUGUCAUUUUCUCAAAAUGUAAUAUUACCCCAUUUCUCAGAGAUCCCCAAACGAUUCAUGCAAAGCUGUUUAAAGAUUCAGUCUGCCUUAAUCCCACCUUUCCGUAGCCUACACUGUUCUGAUUGGUCAACUGACACAAUCCAACAAUAGUGCAAUAUGCAUUGACCUAGUGCUAACGUGACUUACUGACAAGACAUUAAAAACGACAUCAAUAAUACACAUAAUAUCAUUAUUAAUCCAAGUAAUAAAAAUUACAAAAGGCACUAAAAUUUUUACACUCAUUUAAGCAAGUAAGCUAACCAGGCCACAGCUAAACAGCAAACAUUAGUUUAACUGCAACAUGCGUUGCUAGCGCAGCUUACCUAUAAGACAUUACAGUAAUGUUAAACAAGAAAUACACUGGGGGAAAAUAAACACAUAACGUAAUAGUCAUACUUACAGGUUGUGGUUAGGAGAUCCAUGUUGUUCCAAAUAAAAUGUGUACUGAACCAUCUUUAGUAAAUUCUGCCUUGAAAAGUAAUCUUCAUCACAUCUUCAUCGUUUUGUUGUAAAAACAACACAAACUUGCAUUUACAGUUGAAAACACAAUGUCUUCUCAAUAUGAUAUUUACACACCAACUAGCCAAACUGUCUUUUCUCACACAGUAAAUGCAGCUAACUGCAAAACAAAUCUAAAUGUAUAUAGAAAGAAGUUAAAUAUAAAAUAUAAGUAUGAACAUAGUAAAAAACAACUAUAAAAGGUUUAAAGAAAAAAAAUUGAGAUGAAGCAAUACAAAUUCACACAAUAACAAUAAAGACAAAAUAAACCUACAGACAAUUUCACACAAUAUCAAUUAUACAUCAAACUUUAUACAUUAAAAAUAUAAUUGUUUUAUUUUGAUUAUUUUAGAAAUAUAGUGGUGAAAAGAUGCACCACCUGAUCACUUAAAAUUUACUGUAAAAUGUGCAAAAAACUAAGAUCUAAAACGUUUAUAUUUGUGACCCUGUCUGUUAAAUCCAGACUAAAGUCUCAUAAUAUAAUAAUGAGAUUUGGAGCACCAAGUUUGAUAAUAACUGGAAGGUAAAUUUAGGUCCUGAACAUUUUUAUUUUAUGGCCUGGAGAACUUGUAAACUCAUCAAUGAAAGUAUUAUCAAUACUAUUCAAUAGCAGAUCUUAUCUGUUCUUUCUUAACAUUAAAAAAUGUUGCGAAUUAAUAUAAAAAGGCGAUCC